AAAUUGUCAUUUUGAGAAUGGUUGUGAAGUUGACUAAUGAGAAUAAGGAGCAUCAUGCAUUUGUAGCUAACGGAGCAAGCCAAAUGGAGGGGAACAAAGAUGCUGCUGUGACUAUGGGUCCGACGGAAGUAGAAAUGAACCAGCCUCCUACCGAGAAUGUGAAUAAAGAUGCUAUUUUGCCAGCUUUGAUGGAUACACAGUUGGUGGAUGUACCUUUAUCCCUUGAGUUUGGUGGUGUUAAAAGGGCCAAAGGACGAGGGAAAGUUGCAAAAGGAGGCAAGGGUAAAUGAUAAAGAAUAGAACGUGAGGUAAAUUUCCAGAGACAGCAGACGGUCAUUUCCCGCCACUGCAUAUUUUCUACUGUCUUCAUGCUGUGUGUGCCUAUCUACGCUGCAUUUUGUUGCUCUUUGUGUGCUUUUGAUGUGACCAUCAUUUGAUGUCAUAGUAGCAGAGCAGGUCUCUAUUGUCAUGCCCUCGUCGAAACUUAAGCAGUCGAUGUAUGUAGAUUGAUAAGACUUGUAAAACUACUGUCUGGAAGUUCUGGUCUUACGGUUCCCUUAUGCACCACAGUUUUUCAUG